UCCAACAUUUCAAACACCUCCACUUCCCUCACCCUUAAUCCUUUCAUCCUUAGCACCUUCCCUUCUUGGCCCUUCUCGUCCUUUCCAUCUCUCUUGUUUCAUGUCACAGAUAGCUAGGCUUCUUUUCUCUGCUUCUUUUGAUAACUAACUAAGUAGUCUUCAAUGAAUAGAGGGAAGAACUCAGAUCUUCCUCCUGGGUUUAGGUUUCAUCCAACUGAUGAGGAACUGAUCAUGUAUUACCUCAAAAAUCAAGCCAUGUCAAGGCCAUGUCCAGUAUCGAUUAUCCCGGAAAUCGAUAUUUAUAAAUUUGAUCCCUGGGAGUUACCUGAGAAGGCAGAAUUUGGAGAGAAAGAAUGGUAUUUCUUCAGCCCAAGAGACCGGAAAUAUCCGAAUGGGAUACGCCCUAAUCGGGCAACUGGUUCUGGUUAUUGGAAGGCAACCGGCACCGAUAAGGCAAUCCAUAGUGGUUCUCAGAACGUUGGUGUGAAGAAAGCUCUUGUCUUCUACAAAGGUCGUCCACCCAAAGGUGUCAAAACUGAUUGGAUCAUGCAUGAAUACCGGUUGGGUGAUUCAAGCCGCCGGCCUAACAAGCUGGUUGGGUCCAUGAGGUUGGAUGAGUGGGUUCUCUGCAGGAUCUAUAAGAAGAGGCAUUUGGGCAGAGUUGUGGAGGAGAAAGAAGAACAAGAUCAGCCAACUGAUAACACAACUACACAGAAGAAUUCAUCAUCAGGUGUUAAUAUUGGAGAAGAAACACCAGUAGUAUUCCCAAGGACUUUCUCUCUUGUUCAAUUACCUCAAUUAAUGGAUGUGGACUAUCUUUCACUGUCUCAGCUAUUAAGUGAGAAUCAUCCAUUCGGUUCAACUCCGGAGUUCCAAACCGCCGCCGGAAAAACUCCGGAAUUUCAAACCAUCACCGGAAAUAACAACAAUGGCAAUGCAGCAGAGAAACUUCUUCAUCAGUCUUAUGACAUGGCAUACCAUUUUGGAAAUUCAACAAGAUUAAUCCAAGGGAACCAAAAUACACUCUUCAACCAGCCUAUUCAUGUGAACCCAGUUUUUGAAUUUCAGUUAUAAGACAAACAGUGAAGAGUGGGAUUAGAAGAACUUAGUUAGAUAGGUGAUGGUAAUGAGCUUGUUUCCUUGGAAGAUUUGUAAAAGAAGUUAGGUUUUCUUUUCGUCACGGUGCUUAGUGAAGUAUAACGUUUCAUUAUUUGCCAUAUGGCAAUACAUUGAAUACUCCAUAUGA